CGCCGCUGCCGCCAGUGCCUGUGCUUCAUGAGGAAGAUGCUCACCGCCGUCUCCCGCGUGUUGUCUGGUGCUUCUUAGAAGCUGGCAAGCAGAGUGCUGGUAGCAUCCCGUAAUUUUGCAAAUGAUGCUACAUUUGAAAUUAAGAAAUAUGACCUUCACCGACUGGAAGAAGGCCCUUCUGUCACAACAGUGCUCACCAGGGAGGAUGGGCUCAAAUACUACAGGAUGAUGCAGACUGUGCGCCGAAUGGAGUUGAAAGCAGAUCAGCUGUAUAAACAGAAAAUUAUUCGUGUUUUCUGUCACUUGUGUGAUGGUCAGGAAGCUUGCUGUGUGGGCCUGGAAGCCGGCAUCAACCCCACAGACCAUCUCAUAACAGCCUACCGGGCUCACGGCUUUACCUUCACCCGGGGCCUUUCUGUCCGAGAAAUUCUCUCAGAGCUUACAGGACGAAAAGGAGGUUGUGCUAAAGGGAAAGGAGGAUCGAUGCACAUGUAUGCCAAGAACUUCUACGGGGGCAAUGGCAUCGUGGGAGCGCAGGUGCCCCUGGGCGCUGGGAUUGCUCUAGCCUGUAAGUAUAAUGGAAAAGAUGAGGUCUUGACUUUAUAUGGCGAUGGUGCUGCUAACCAGGGCCAGCUAUUCGAAGCUUACAACAUGGCAGCUUUGUAGAAAUUACCUUGUAUUUUCAUCUGUGAGAACAAUCGCUAUGGAAUGGGAACAUCUGUUGAGAGAGCAGCAGCCAGCACUGAUUACUACAAGAGAGGCGAUUUCAUUCCUGGGCUGAGAGUGGAUGGAAUGGAUAGCCUGGGCGUCCGAGAGGCGACAAGGUUUGUUGCUGCCUAUUGUAGAUCUGGGAAGGGGCCCAUCCUGAUGCAGCUGCAGACUUAUCGUUACCACGGACACAGUAUGAGUGAUCCUGGAGUCAGUUACCGUACACGAGAAGAAAUUCAGGAAGUAAGAAGUAAAAGUGACCCUAUUAUGCUUCUCAAGGACAGAAUGGUGAAUAGCAAUCUUGCCAGUGUGGAAGAACUAAAGGAAAUUGAUGUGGAAGUGAGGAAGGAGAUUGAGGAUGCUGCCCAGUUUGCCACGGCCUAUCCUGAGCCACCUUUGGAGGAGCUGGGCUACCACAUCUACUCCAGCGACCCACCUUUUGAAGUUCGUGGUGCCAAUCAGUGGAUCAAGUUUAAGUCAGUCAGUUAAGGGGACUAGAAGGAGAGGUUAUACCCUCAGGGGGCUACCAGUGUUCUCAACUUGGUUAAGGAGGAAGAAAACCCAGUUAAUGAAAUUCUUGUAAACUUCCAUUAAGACUAAGUGUGUAGAUUGAGCAGGUAGUAAUUGCAUGCACUUCGUACAUUGUUGCAUUAAAAGAUUAAUUAUUGAGUGCUAAAA